AUGAUAAACAGAUACACCUUGCAAUUUAAGGAUUAAAAAUUAGAGGAAAAGUAUUAGGAGAUUUAAUUAAGGGAAAAAAGAAAGCCUUUAGUUAAAAAAAUAAUAUAUUUAACAUUUCUUGUUGUUUUAGUCAAAGGGACUUUUUCUAUAAUUACCUAAAGCCUUGAUGAAAUUUAUGGAACAAUAGGCUAUUUUAUUAGUGAUUUAUGUCUAAUUGCAAUACUAAUAAUGAAGCCUCAUUACUGUCGCUAUGCUUUAAUACUUGUUACUUAUGUAAUAAUGAUCCCUUAUUUGAGAGUUGAUGAUAGCAAAAAUUAAUUUCAUUAUUAAUUAGCAGCUGCCUUGAUAGUGGCAUUUUAAUUUGUAAUCAUUGCUUCUGGAGAAUUUAUAGAUGCAUUGGUUUAGGUCUUAUCAAUUUUUUCAAUUUACUUAGCUUAUUUUAUAAUUUACCAGCCUAACUUUUCCUAAGCAUUUGUUUUAUCGGCAUUUUUGAUUAGCUUCCUACUUCUAUUUUCAUUAUAUUAAAAUGUUGCUGCAGAAAGAUCUAAAUUUUAACUUACACUCUUAAACGAAUAAUGGGACAAGAUUCUAUUAAGCAUGGUAACAGAGCCUUGCGUAAUCUUUAAUUUUGAUCAAUUAAGGCACACUUUUAUUGUAAAGGGAUCCUUUUCUUUCAUUGUCAACUGUGACACUAAUGAGGAAUUGAAGAAUUUCUUGAGGAAAUCGAAAUUAACCUUUCAUAGGAAAAUCAAUUUAGAAAAUUUUCUAUUUAAAUAAAUAGAUAAAUUCGACAAGUAGGAUGAUAAUAUCAUUAACCAAUCCCUUAUCAUUGAAUUGAAUUAGAAAGCAUAAGAAAUAACAUAUUCAAUAUUCUCAGGAACCAAUCCUAUAAUUUUGAUAAAAAUUGACCAAUGCAAAUGUAACAGAAUCAUAGGAGAACAACAAAAUUUAAUGAUAGAAUAGCAAUUCCAAUUUAAAUAUCGACUCUUAUUAAAAAAAUCCUUAUUCAUAAAACAUCAAAUUUAAAAGGAUUAUUUAAAUUGA